GUGCACGGUGCUCGCAAGGAACAACAGAGAGAGUGAACAAAGAAAAAGGAAAAAGGUUCUCCUCGAUUCUAGGGUUCCACUAUCAUUAUUAUUGUUCCCAAUUCCAAACAAGAAGAAGAAGAAGAAGAAGAAGAAGAACCGAACGCCACCGAUUCACAAUUUCGAUUCAACAACCUCUUCUUAACAACUUGUAAACCAUAAAUUCAAAAUUUCACAUUCACACACCAAAAAAACUCGAUCAUUUGCAAAUUUGAAGGCAAAAAUGGUGACUGCUAACAAGGAAAUGGUGGUUUACUGCUUCGACACGCUCGUUGCUCACUACAACAAGGAGGAAGCUCCUCCUCCUGCUUUCGAUGAGGGUCGACACCCUCUGUUUGUUACAUGGAAGAAAGUGGUGAAUGGUGGGGAGCCUCGUCUUCGUGGAUGCAUUGGUUCUCUAGAAGCACGUGACUUGAUCAAUGGCUUCAAAGAUUAUGCGCUGAUUAGCGCUCUCAGGGACCGCAGAUUCCCACCUAUUGAAGCUAAAGAGCUUCCUUUAUUGGAAUGUACAGUCUCUAUUCUUACUGAUUAUGAAACUGCCAAUGAUUACCUUGAUUGGGAGGUAGGAAAACAUGGUAUAAUUAUAGAAUUUUCUGAUCCUGACUAUAACACUAGGCGAAGUGCUACAUAUCUGCCUGAAGUGGCUGCCCAUGAAGGUUGGACUAAACUAGAGGCCAUUGACUCUCUGAUUCGCAAAGCAGGCUACAAUGGUCCGAUCACCGAUGCAGUCAGGAAACGCAUACAGCUGACGAGAUACCAAAGCAGCUUAUUUACUAUGCAAUAUGGUGAAUAUGUUUCCUAUGUGAAACAGGCAAGAGGUGAAGCUCCAGUCACUGUUGGAGCUAAGUUACGCAACUAGUAUUUUUUUCAGACAUUUUCUGAAGCUGCGUAGCUUCGUUGGUGAAAGAAGGAAAACUAAUUACAAAAGAAAUAACUUGGUGCAAUAUUUUUUUCUUGACCAAACUACUGCUGUGACUGGUUCAACUCUUUGCAUUCUUCUAAUUCAUUUGAUUUUGAAGAUGCUAUUAUGGUGGAAUCAGAUUCCGUGAACGUCCUUUUAUGUAUCAAUUCAGUAGCUUAAGAAGGCUGCAGCACUGUUGAAUUGUUUUAUGCCAGUCUUGUUCAUAAUUGGGAUUUGAUCUCUUUCUCUUGAAAUGUUUGAUGUUUUCUUAUUGAUAACUGGAACUUCAAUCUCUCUCCAA